AUGCCGGCGAUCGAAUGCGAUGUGGAUGAGGAUUUGCGAGUGUUGCUCGUCACGCCAUCGACUUCAGAGGAAACGAAAACGUAUCAAUCGCUGGAGAUCCAUUUGUGCCGAAAAGAGUUCCCUGAGCCGGUUUUCACGAAGAAAACGAUUCAAUGGCCACUUAGCGAGCCGUUGCCCAAAGAGAUAACCUAUGAUCCAGAGCGAAACCUCGUUUCGAUCAAAAGCGCCACCACGCUAGCCGAAAUCCCGUUGAGUCUCCGAGCCGCCAAAUUACUUGCCGUGACGAAAGACGAGUUGCCACAGCGCUUUCAGAGAUUUCAAAAGUUCUCCAAGCAAAUCGAGUCGCGAAAAGCUUACGAAUCACGCGAGUUGCUCUCAAUUCUCGUCGAUUUUGCCAACAAUCCGGAAACCAAUCACGUGUGGUCAAAGCUGAAGAAAAAGGCGAAAGCGUUUGAUGGUGAAGAUGAUGAAGAAAGUGGAAUCGGUCGAAUGAGCUGCGAAUUGUCACAAAAUGAACAGACAAAGCUGCUCGAUGCACUGGAGACGAAAAGUGACUCGUCGGCUUUUGCGGCCAUUUGCAAAAUGCUUUCAAAGGCGCAGGUUUUUGGGUAUAGUCUUUCCACCCGCUUCUCGGCACUCCUUUCGCGAACGGGUCAAGACGAGCUGCUGGUGGAGUGUUUGCGCGAAUCGAUUCUCCUCGGCGAGCCACUGUAUGCGCGAAUAUUGGAGAUCAUUGCAAAAGAAGCCGACAAGAAAAAAGCGGCUCAACUCCUUGAUGAGGUCCUGCAACGAUCGUUCAGCGGAAGACUGCUUGAAGAAGAAGCGAUCACCCUGGAAACCGAUCACAUUGCGGAAAUCAUCGAGCGACUCGUCGACAAGUUGUGCACCGAAAAGAAACGACACAUACAGAAUCAGAUCAUCCAAUUGUUGACGUGCUUGCUCGAUUCGAACGCGAGCCGCCUCAUUUGGAACGAUGGAUCACAUGAAAGAGUGCUACGGUGUGCCGGAGUGCUUGGCGAUAUGGCCGCCCUUACCGACACGUUCGUCGAUUUGGAGGAGUUGCGCGAGCGGAGAAAGCUCACCUUUGGACAGAAACGACCGUUGCCAUAUUCGAUUAGAAAAAUCUCGCUCCAUCAGAUCGCUGGUGUUCAAUCGUCGCAA